UGACUCCUGUAGUUGUGUGUGAAUUGACUCAGGAAUCCUGCAUUAGGUAUCAGAGUCAUAUUUACUAAUAUCAGAGUUAAUAGUAGGCUACAUUGUAAACGGUAAGUAGUCAAUAAUGAGCAUCACUUUGGAUAUACGUCUCAAAAGAGCCAACAAAGUUUACCAUGAAGGGGAGGUCCUUGCGGGUGUGGUAGUGCUGGCCAGCAAAGAGGCGGUCCAACACCAGGGCAUCUCCCUCACCAUGGAGGGCGUGGUCAACCUCCAGCUCAGCUCCAAGAGCGUGGGCGUCUUCGAGGCCUUCUACAACUCCGUCAAGCCCAUUCAACUGAUCAACUCCAACAUCGAGGUGGCAAAAGCUGGCAGGAUUCCCGGAGGCAAGACGGAGAUCCCCUUUGAGUUCCCCCUGAGUACCAAGGGUAACAAGGUUCUGUACGAGACGUACCACGGCGUGUUUGUCAACAUUCAGUACAUCCUGCGCUGCGACAUGAAACGCUCGCUGCUGGCCAAAGACUUGAGCCGAACGUUUGAGUUCAUGGUGCACUGCCAGCCACAGAAAGCCAAGUUGGUGGCCAUGUCUGUAGACUUCACCAUCACCCCAGAGACCCUGCAGAACGUCCAGGAGAGGAGUCUGCUGCCUCGGUUCCAGAUCAGGGGUCACCUGAACGCCACCAACUGUGUGAUCACCGAGCCGCUCACUGGGGAGCUGAUGGUGGAGAACUCGCAGGUGGCCAUCAAGAGCAUCGAGCUGCAGCUGGUCCGAGUGGAGACCUGCGGCUGCGCUGAAGGGUACGCGCGAGACGCCACAGAGAUCCAGAACAUCCAGAUUGCGGAGGGCGACGUCUGCCACGGACUGUCCAUCCCCAUCUACAUGGUAUUCCCCCGGCUCUUCACCUGUCCAACCCUGGAGACCACGAACUUCAAAGUGGAAUUUGAGGUCAACGUGGUGAUCGUCCUCCAUGACGACCACCUGAUUACUGAGAACUUUCCACUGAAGUUGUGCAGAGUUUGACAUGCAAAUCUUUCUGCCGAUGAGACCUGCCUGGCUUCAGAUAAAAGGACCAAUGCAUCAGUCAUUAAUGCUUUGGACAUGUCACCCUAUCAACUCUGGAUUUGUCCUGUUAUCUUCAAUAUAACAUGUUUCAACAUUUUGUUUAAUAAAUGAUAACUUAAAAGCA